GGUCCCCCCGGUCGCGAGGAGGAGGAGGAGGAUGUGGCGCGCGGAGGGGAAAUGGCUGCCGAAAACAAGCCGGAAGGACUGAAGAAAAUACGUAAUCUGGAUCGAAUGUACAGAUCAGCUGUCUGUUAUGCCGGCCAUGCUCCUGCUAAGGGUGUCAGUGAUGAAACAGAAAUUAACAAUGAUCAUGGAAACAGUAACGGCAGUCAUGUGAAAAUAUUCCUACCCAAAAAGCUGCUUGAAUGUCUACCAAAAUGCUCGUCGCUGCCGAAGGAGAGACACAGAUGGAACACCAAUGAGGAAAUCGCAGCUUAUUUAAUAACGUUUGAAAAGCAUGAAGAGUGGUUAACAACAUCCCCUAAAACAAGGCCACAGAAUGGGUCCAUGAUACUGUACAACAGGAAGAAGGUGAAGUACAGGAAGGAUGGCUACUGCUGGAAGAAGCGGAAAGAUGGCAAGACGACGCGGGAGGAUCACAUGAAGCUGAAGGUGCAGGGAGUGGAGUGUCUCUAUGGCUGCUAUGUCCACUCCUCCAUCAUCCCCACCUUUCAUCGCAGGUGCUACUGGCUGCUUCAGAACCCUGACAUCGUCCUGGUGCACUACCUGAAUGUGCCUGCUAUAGAGGACUGUGGGAAGCCCUGUGGGCCCAUCCUGUGCUCCAUCAACACCGACAAGAAGGAAUGGGCCAAGUGGACCAAGGAGGAGCUGAUCGGCCAGCUCAAGCCGAUGUUUCAUGGCAUCAAGUGGACUUGCAGCAAUGGGAACAGCAGCACCGGCUUCUCUGUGGAGCAGCUGGUGCAGCAGAUACUGGACAGCCACCAGACCAAGCCGCCUCCCCGGACUCACAACUGCCUCUGCACGGGCACCUUGGGUAAGGGCUGGGGGAGGGGCAGCGAGCCAGGGGCAGAACAGGGGCUCUGGUUUCCUCCCACGCCGUCCAAAGAAACGGCGGGCGUACCCUGCCUUGGGCCUGACAUCUGCCAGGACAGGCUGCAGCUCCUCCGCGACCCCGAACUGGAUAAAGAGACAUGUCAAAACUGCUGCAAACUGCCCCUGCCCUUCCGCCCGUCUCUGACGCGCGCACACGCACACACGUGCCCGCCCCGCACACGUGUGCGCAAACACACGCACAGAAGCGCUCGCGGCUUCUGGACCGAUAACCAGUUCAGGAUGUCCAUUCUGGAGCGGCUGGAACAGAUGGAGCGCCGGAUGGCCGAGAUGUCUGGCCAUCACCAACAGGGGGCAGGAGGGACCACAGGGGGGACAGGAGGGGGCGCCGGGGGCAACACCAGCCAGACACAGUGCAUGUCCGGCCAGGGCCCGGCGGGCAGCUCCUUCGAGAGCCGCGUGGUGGUGGUGUGCGAGAAGAUGAUGAGCCGCGCCUGCUGGGCCAAGUCCAAGCACCUCAUCCACUCCAAGACCUUCCGCGGGAUGACCCUGCUGCACCUGGCGGCGGCCCAGGGCUACGCCACCCUGAUCCAGACCCUCAUCAAGUGGCGUUCCAAGCACGCCGACAGCAUUGACCUGGAGCUGGAGGUGGACCCUCUCAACGUGGAUCACUUCUCCUGCACCCCGCUGAUGUGGGCGUGCGCUCUGGGCCACAUGGAGGCGGCGGUGGUGCUGUACAAGUGGGACCGGCGGGCGCUGGCCAUCCCGGACUCGCUGGGCCGGCUGCCCCUGUCCAUCGCGCGCUCCCGCGGGCACACCAAGCUGGCCGACUGCCUGGAGCAGCUGCAGCGGGACGAGCAGCAGCAGCCCCCAUCCGCCCUGCCGCCCGCGCCCCGCCUGGCCUUCUCCCCCGCGCCCGACACCCCCGCGCCCGACAGCUGGAUGGUGGCGUGGGGCAGCGACACGGUGGCGGCAGCCCCGGGGCAGAAAGGCGGCGGUGCUGGUGCCACCACUAACCCCAGCCCAGACCUGAGGCGGCCCAGGUCGGAGCCGUCCAGCUACUACAGCAGCGAAUGCCAGCGAGACCUGCCCCUGGCCAAGAAACACAAGCCCAACCCCGAGUUCUUCCAGGGCCGGCCGGACAAGGCCAUGUCUGUGCCGCUCAGCCUGGAGCAGCAGCAGCUCCACAAGCUGUCCGGCAGCCCCAAGGCAGCGCUCUCCGACAGCCUCUCCCCGGACAAGAGCCUGGAGGAGGCGGGGGGCGGCAGCAGCGGGGGGCUCCCCCACCACAAGCUGGGGGCGUUCCGGGGACUGGGCGGAGCAGGGGGCGGCGGCGGCGGCGGCGGCGUGGGCUCCAAGUGGGGCUCCAGGGAGCUGUACUCGGCGGCGGCGGUGACUCUGGGCGCCGUGGCGGUGCAGCCCGCCGCCCUGGGCAGGAAGGGAGCCGGGGCAGGUGGGGGCAGCAGCCUGGGCAAGGAGAAGCUGGCCAGCCGGCUGCGUCAGCGGGAGCCCCUGAGCGUGCUGAUGAUGUCGGAGCGCGAGAUGGUGGACACGGAGCUGCUCUCGUACCGGGACGACCUGGAGAACCAGGACUGCCUAGCCCACAUGGACGACCUGCAGGUGAACAUGAUGACCCUAGCGGAGCACAUCAUUGAAGCCACGCCUGAGCGGAUUAAACGGGAGAACUUUGUUGCCGUGGAGACGACACCUUUGGACAGCGCUGGGGUCAGCAACACCAUGAGCUGGCUGGCCAGUUACCUAGGAGAUGUGGAACACCUGCCCAGUGUCAUACACCUGCGGUCUCUGUACAGCGAGCCCCUGACGCCCUCCUCCAACCCCAGCCUGAGCCCCGCGGGGUCUCCGCUGCGCGAGGGGCCCUUUGAAAAGCCCAGCCUGCCGUCUCCCGCUGACUGGACUGACUUCCUCAGCGCAUCCAACAGCAAGGUGGAGCGGGACCUGGCUCAGCUCACCCUGUCGGACCCCGAGCAGAGGGAGCUGUAUGAGGCCGCGCGGCUGGUGCAGACUGCCUUCCGCAAGUACAAGGGUCGGCCAUUACGAGAACAACAGGAAGUAGCAGCUGCAGUCAUUCAGCGUUGCUACAGGAAGUACAAACAGCUUACAUGGAUAGCCUUGAAGUAUGCACUUUAUAAGAAGAUGACGCAGGCCGCCAUCCUUAUCCAGAGUAAAUUCCGCAGCUACCACGAGCAGAAGAAGUUCCAGCAGAGCCGGCGCGCGGCCGUGCUGAUCCAGCAAUAUUACCGCAGCUACAAGGAGUUCGGCAGGCUGAGGCCCCAUCGCCGGGCAGCUGCUGCGGCGCUUGUGCAACACAAACUCAGAAGUAGUUUGCUCACCAAGAAGCAGGACCAGGCUGCACGUAAGAUCAUGAGGUUCCUGCGCCGCUGUCGCCACAGAGUGAAAGAAUUGAGAAGGGACAGGGAACAUGAGACCUUGCAGAAGAACCCCCUCACGAUGUGACAUCACUUUUCCAGACUCUUUUUUUUUUCUUUUCUGUUUGUACCAGAGACAUUUUACAAGAGGAAAAAAAAA